AAUGAGGGAGGGAGGAGGCCUGGGGAGUCUGCCUCGGCACGGGAAGGGGCCGGGCAGUCCCGUCGGGGAAGUGGGAGGGGGGCCCCAGCGCCGGGAGGGAAGAGCCUGCCGCCCAGAGCUCUGAGCCACUAGUUUCUCGGUGUUCCAUCAGGACAACGCCACCAGCUGCCCCGGGCUCCGUCCUCGGGCCUCGCCCAUUCAAGCCGCGGCAGCAUCGCGGGCAGUGAGUCUAGGGGGGAAAGAGGAACCCGAGGCUCCUUUGCUUCAACCCCAAAUCCUGCCCCACCCGGAGACGAGGCUUUUGCUAGGGCACCUCUGCAGCCUGGGUUUGAGGGAGAAGGAGCGAAGGAUGGAGCAGUCUUCUCACAACCAACUGGGAAAAGGCUGGGAGGCCACAGGGAGUGCCUGGCAGAUGGGAUCGCCGCGAGGCUGGGGGAACGGGGUGGAAGUGGCUUGGACCCAGGGAGAGAGGCACGGCUGGGGCACAGAGCGGCCUCACGCGGUAACGCGGCACCUGGCCCUCCCCAGCCCCGGGGGUCCACCCUCCACGCCGGCGCCGCAGCGAGGGGCAGGGGGGACCAUGGCCCGCCUCUUCAGUCCCCGGCCGCCCCCCAGCGAAGACCUCUUCUACGAGACCUACUACAGCCUGAGUCAGCAGUACCCACUGGUGCUUCUGCUGCUGGUGAUCGUGCUCUGCGCGCUCCUGGCGAUGCUGGCUGUCGCCUCCGCCAGCGGCAGGGAUCUAGCUUCAGACCGGGGCUUCCUGACCACCGUGCUGUGCGCGCUCGGGGGCUUCUCGCUGCUCCUGGGCCUGGCUUCCCGCGAGCAACGGCUGCAGCGCUGGACACGUCCCCUGUCGGUCCUCGUGUGGGCCGCGCUACUCGGGCUAGGCCAUGGCUUCCUGUUCACCGGGGGCCUGGUGAGCGCCUGGGACCAGGUGUCCUUUUUCCUCUUCGUCAUCUUCACCGUGUACGCCAUGUUGCCCUUGGGCAUGCGGGAUGCCGCCGCUGCGGGCCUUGCCUCGUCGCUCUCCCACCUGCUGGCCCUUGGGCUGUACCUUGGGCCUCAGCCGGACUCCAGGCCGGCGCUGCUGCCGCAGCUGGCAGCGAACGCCGUGUUGUUCUUGUGCGGGAACGUGGCCGGAGCGUACCACAAGGCGCUGAUGGAGCGCGCUCUGCGCGCCACGUUCCGGGAGGCUCUUCGUUCCCUGCACUCGCGCCGGCGGCUGGACACCGAGAAGAAGCACCAGGAACACCUUCUCUUGUCCAUUCUUCCUGCCUACCUGGCCCGAGAGAUGAAGGCAGAGAUCAUGGCACGGCUGCAGGCUGGACAGGGGUCCCGGCCAGAGAGCACCAACAACUUCCACAGCCUCUAUGUCAAGAGGCACCAGGGAGUGAGCGUGCUGUAUGCUGACAUCGUGGGCUUCACCCGGCUGGCCAGUGAGUGCUCCCCUAAGGAGCUGGUGCUCAUGCUCAACGAGCUCUUCGGCAAGUUCGACCAGAUUGCCAAGGUGCCCCCCCCUCCCCCUGCACACACACACACUCCCAGGAGCAUGAAUGCAUGCGGAUCAAGAUCCUGGGAGACUGUUACUACUGUGUCUCUGGGCUACCGCUCUCCCUGCCAGACCACGCCAUCAACUGCGUGCGCAUGGGGCUGGACAUGUGCCGGGCCAUCAGGUCAGCUCAGGAAACUCCGGGCGGCCACUGGCGUGGACAUCAACAUGCGUGUGGGCGUGCACUCGGGCAGUGUGCUCUGCGGAGUCAUCGGGCUGCAGAAGUGGCAGUAUGAUGUCUGGUCCCAUGAUGUCACACUGGCCAACCACAUGGAGGCGGGCGGCGUGCCAGGACGAGUACAUAUCACAGGGGCUACCCUGGCCCUGCUGGCCGGGGUCUAUGCUGUGGAAGAUGCAUCGAUGGAACACCGGGACCCAUACCUUCGGGAGCUAGGGGAGCCCACUUACCUGGUCAUCGACCCCCGGGCUGAGGAGGAGGAGGAGAAGGGCACUGCGGGAGGGCUGCUGUCCUCUCUCGAGGGCCCCCAGAUGCGCCCAUCACUGCUGAUGACCCGCUACCUGGAGUCCUGGGGCGCGGCCAAGCCUUUUGCCCACCUGAGCCACCUAGAGAGCCCUGUGUCCACUUCCACCCCUCUCCCGGAGAAGGCCCUGGCCUCCUUCAGCCCCCAAUGGAGCCUGGACCGGAGCCGUACCCCCCGGGGACUAGAUGAGGACCUGGACACUGGGGACGCCAAGUUCUUCCAGGUCAUCGAACAGCUCAACUCUCAGAAGCAGUGGAAGCAGUCAAAGGACUUCAACCCACUGACACUGUACUUCAGAGAGAAGGAGCUGGAGAAAGAGUAUCGACUUUCUGCCCUCCCCGCCUUCAAAUACUAUGCGGCCUGCACCUUCCUGGUCUUCUUCUCCAAUUUCAUCAUCCAGAUGCUGGUGACCAACAGGCCCCCAGCUCUGGCCGUCACCUAUAGCAUCACCUUCCUCCUCUUCCUCCUCCUUCUCUUCGUCUGCUUCUCAGAGCACCUGACGAAGUGUGUCUUGAAAGGCCCCAAGAUGCUGCACUGGCUGCCCGCACUGUCUGGCUUGGUGGCCACACGGCCCGGACUCCGAGUUGCCCUGGGCACUGCCACCAUCCUCCUCGUUUUUGUCAUGGCUAUUACCAGCCUGUUCUUCUUACCGGCAGCAACAAACUGCCCUUCCGGGGCUUCCAAUGUGUCCUCCGUGGCUUCCAACCUCUCCUGGGAGCUCCCUGGCUCCCUGCCUCUCAUCAGCGUCCCAUACUCUAUGCACUGCUGCGUGCUGGGGUUCCUGUCUUGCUCCCUCUUUCUGCACAUGAGCUUCGAGCUGAAGUUGCUGUUGCUCCUGCUGUGGCUGGGGGUCUCCUGCUCCCUCUUCCUGCACUCCCACGCCUGGCUGUCCGACUGCCUCAUCGCCCGCCUCUAUCCAGAUCCCUUGGACUCCAGGCCAGGGGUGCUAAAGGAGCCCAAAGUGAUGGGAGCUAUCUCCUUCUUCAUCUUCUUCUUCACCCUCCUUGUCCUGGCUCGGCAGAAUGAGUAUUACUGCCGCCUGGACUUCCUGUGGAAGAAGAAGCUGCGGCAGGAGCAGGAGGAGACAGAGACCAUGGAGAACCUGACUCGGCUGCUGCUGGAGAAUGUGCUCCCUGCGCACGUGGCGCCCCAGUUCAUUGGCCAGAACCGGCGCAACGAGGACCUCUACCACCAGUCCUACGAGUGUGUCUGUGUCCUCUUCGCCUCAGUUCCAGACUUUAAGGAGUUUUACUCUGAAUCCAACAUCAACCACGAGGGUCUAGAGUGUCUGCGGUUGCUCAAUGAGAUCAUCGCUGAUUUUGAUGAGCUGCUCUCAAAGCCCAAGUUUAGCGGGGUGGAGAAGAUCAAAACCAUCGGGAGCACCUACAUGGCAGCCACGGGCUUAAAUGCCACCCCCGGACAGGAUGCACAGCAGGAUGCCGAGCGAAGCUGCAACCACCUGGGCACCAUGGUGGAGUUCGCAGUGGCCCUCGGAUCGAAGCUGGAUGUCAUCAACAAGCACUCAUUCAACAACUUCCGCCUGCGUGUGGGGUUGAACCACGGACCUGUAGUGGCUGGAGUGAUUGGGGCCCAGAAGCCUCAGUAUGACAUCUGGGGUAACACGGUGAAUGUGGCCAGCCGCAUGGAAAGUACGGGAGUCCUGGGCAAGAUCCAAGUGACUGAAGAGACAGCCCGGGUGCUGCAAUCCUUAGGCUAUACGUGCUACAGCCGGGGCAUCAUCAAGGUCAAAGGCAAAGGGCAGCUCUGCACCUACUUCCUGAACACAGAUUUGACACGAACUGGCCCUCCCUCGGCCACCCUAGGCUGAGACCCCCACCCAUCCUCUCUAUUCCAAGAUCCUCAAUAAAAAGACUCUGGGGGUGCCUGCCUGGCUCAGGGGGUUGAGCAUCUGACUCUUGAUUUUGGCUCAGGUCACCAUCUCAGUCAGGGUUGUGAGAUCGAGCCCCGCAUUGGGCUCAGCACUGAGUGUGGAGCCUGCUUAAGAUUCUCUCUCUCCCUCUCCCUCUGCCCCUUCUCUCUCUCUCUCUUAAAAAAAAAAAAGACUCUGAUAUGACUGGAGCCAAUUGAUGUCAGAAGCUUCUGGUAUAGGUGCAGAUCACCUUCUCCUUGCUUCUCAUCAGGAUGCUUCUUCCCAAGCUACACUGAGUGUCUGUGUAUGCAAGUGUGAUCAUGAGUGUGUUAGAAAGGAGUGAUUCUUCUUCACAAGCUCAGCCUCCCUGCCUGAUUCCAGUAUUUUGCACACUUUGGAAGCAUGAAGAAUUUUAGCCACAUGACUCAAAAUAAGGAUUUGUCCUUUCCUUCUCCCCACCCACAAAUUUUGGAAAGGAGUGGCUAGGAAAAUGUCAUUUGACCUUUAUUCAUUUAAUAAACACUAAAUAAGCA